AUGAGAAGCAGCUUGGCUCGAACGGUAAGGCAACUUCCACGAAGUUUUGUCAGUGCGACUCCCCGCUCUUGUCUUGUUCCUGGCGCAAGAUGGAGCUYGACAGAAGAUGGUCCCAAAUGGUCGACACCUCUGGCCAAACAGCUGGCGGAAGCCAUUACAAUCACAGGUCCCAUCCCCGUGGCUUCAUAUAUGCGACAAUGCCUAACCUCUGAUCUUGGUGGGUACUACACCGCAGCUGGAACACCCGAGCGAGAUMAGUUCGGAGCCAAAGGAGACUUCGUAACCUCCCCCGAAAUCAGUCAGAUCUUUGGGGAGCUGAUAGGUGUAUGGGUGGUGGCCGAAUGGAUGGCACAAGGCAAGAAGAGCGAGGGAGUCUACUUGAUGGAAGUUGGUCCAGGAAGGGGAACAUUGAUGGAUGACAUGCUUCGUACAAUUCGCAACUUUCCGCCUUUGGCUAAAGCUAUCGAAGCCAUAUACAUGGUUGAAGCGAGUGAGACUCUUCGCAAGACACAACAUAAACUGCUUUGCGGCGACAACCCACUGGAGAAGAAUGAGCUAGGGUAUGAGAGCGUCAGCCGACACUCAAAAGACCUAAAGAUCAUCUGGACAGAGGACGUGCGAUUCGUGCCUCGUGAGGCCAACAAGACACCCUUCAUCAUUGCACACGAGUUCUUCGACGCAUUACCAAUACAUAUCUUUCAAGCCACACCUCUACCAAAGGAUCAUCAGGACACUAUGCAAACGUCGACAGGACCAGUAAAGCUAGCAAAGAAGAGCGGACCGCAAAGCCAAUGGAGAGAGCUGCUCAUUUCAGCCAAAGCACCCCACAAGCUAAAAGAAGGCGAGCCAGAUUUUGAGCUGUCUGUCUCAAAGAACGCAACAGCGCAUUCAAUGUACCUGCCCGAAACAUCACCACGCUAUACAGCCCUCAAGGAUGUUGAUGGAGCAACGAUCGAAAUCAGCCCAGAAAGCCAGGCUUACGCACGAGACUUCGCCAUUCGACUCGGCGGCUCGAAUCMUCAAGAGGUGGAAGCUGCAACACCAAAAUAUGACAUCCCAGGAAGACCCGUUAACUCUGGUGCAAAGGAGAAACCACUACGGAAACCCGAGCCUUCUGGAGCAGCUCUUUUGAUAGACUACGGUCCACCAGACUCAAUCCCCGCAAACUCUCUCCGCGGCAUCCGUUCCCACAAAAUGGUCUCCCCACUGUCUGAAGCCGGAACCGUAGACCUCAGCGUGGAUGUUGACUUCCUCGCCCUCGCCGAAACAGCAAUCAACUCCUCCCCAGGUGUGGAGGUUCAUGGCCCGGUAGAUCAAGCACGCUUUCUCACGGCUAUGGGAAUUGAGGAACGUGCCACUCAGCUUGUCAAGCGAGCCAUUGACAAGGAGCGAUCGGGCCCGACAAAGGAUAAAUCGGACCUUACCGAGACUGUCAAGAGAAUCGAAAGUGGCUGGAAGAGACUGGUUGAUAGGAGUCCGCAGGGAAUGGGAAGGUUGUAUCAAGUCAUGGCCAUAUUGCCUUACAAGCCGCCAAUGCAGGGAGAGGCACGGCGAAGGCCCGUUGGAUUCGGUGGUGACAUCGAGCUGUGA